AUGUCCCACACCCAUCUCGGGCCAAUAACGGUUGACAAUUUGAGCGACAUCCAGAAGUUUAUUACUCAAGACGUGCCUAAACAGGAGGAAGAUAUCGAGGUCUUCAGUGUUUGGAUCAACGACAUGGUAACCUCUCUUACGACGCCCAUUGGGAACGGCAUAGAUCAUCUUGCCAUUCUGGCCAAUCAAUUGGCUAAUUUCAACAAGGGUGACCUGCAAACUUCUUGCAAAGCUAUCCGCUCAUACAGUGAUCCGCUUGUAAACUCUUUGGCUGAUUUGUGUGGAUUUUUGGGCCCCCAAAAUGUCCUCAAAACCCAAUUAAGCAGGAGGCUUUUCAUGGUUGAAGCCUACGGCGGAACCCUCCCCCACAGGUUUUGCCCACGCAAGUUUGUCACCGACCUCGUAGAACUCCAGCCGCAACUCACCAAGCUGGCCAAAUACUUGUGCCUGCCCAAAGACAUUCAAGACCGUUCGCGAGUCCCCCGCGACGCAGUCACCGCGAUAAAGAUUUUGGGAAAAAAACAGGAUGUGAUUUUUGAAAGCCGGCCUACCUUCCAAAGAUUUUUGACAGAGAUUAUCCGAUUGGAGGAUUAA